UAUGAGUGCAUUAUGUAAGCACCAUUAGUGUGUUGCCGUGGUAACCGCAACACACCAUAUACAUCUCGGGAAGUCCCGUACGGCUAUAGCAACCGUAUAGGCUCCAAGCUGAGUAUUAAUUAGCAGUCAUUUCCCUUCCUUCGCAUGCUUCCAGCUCCGCCGAGUGGUUCUCUUCCCAUUGUUUAUAGCUCUGCGGUCUCUUUUAUCAGUGGCUUCAGAACAAUUGGCCCAGUACUAAGAGCAGAGAAGAGCCGAGAAGAGGAAUCACGAUGCUGUUGCCAUUGUAUGCUUUGCUGGUUAUAGCUGAUUGCGUUGCUGCCUUCAACCCCAGUGGUAGCUAUGCCCCAGCCAACGUGUCCUGUCCCGAGGACGCCAGCUUUGUGAGACCGGCUUCCGGCAUCUCAGAGUCUGAGACUGAGUGGUUGAAGAAGCGUCAUGCCAUCACGGACGUGUACUUGGCCGAGUUCCUGGACCGUGCGGAUCUCGAGGACUUUGAUGCUCAAGACUUCCUGGAGUCGCUGAACAGAUCCAUCAACGUCGGAUUGGCGUUCUCAGGAGGUGGCUACAGGGCCAUGCUCAACGGAGCUGGUCAGAUCAGUGCGCUGGAUAACAGAACAGCAGGUGCGGAUUCACACGGACUAGGUGGGCUGCUACAGGCGUCGACCUACCUUGCGGGCCUGUCCGGUGGUAACUGGCUCACGGGAACACUGGCCUUGAACAACUGGACCAGUGUUGAGGAGAUCAUCUCUGGCGAUACCAUCUGGGACCUGGAGCACUCGAUCAUCAACUCAGGUGGCAUCAACAUCUUCUCGACAGCUUCGCGUUGGGACGACAUCAGUGAUGCCAUCCAGGACAAACAGGAUGCUGGGUUCAACACCUCGCUCACCGACAUCUGGGGUAGAGCUCUUUCAUACCAGUUCUUUGGCGAAGAAGAUGACGGUGGUGUGUCAUUGACGUUCUCAGGCAUCGCUCAGUUCGAGCCCUUCAUCAAUGCUGAGAUGCCAUUCCCAUUCUCAGUCGCUGUGGGAAGAGCACCACAUACCAAGAUCAUCAACCUGAACUCCACGGUGUUCGAAUUCAACCCGUUUGAGCUCGGAUCCUGGGACCCUUCUCUGUACUCCUUCACUGAGCUGAAGUAUAUGGGCUCUGACGUUUCGAAUGGUGAGCCAACGUCAGAUAUCUGUGUUCAAGGUUAUGACAACGGUGGCUUUGUCCUUGGUACGUCUUCGUCGCUGUUCAACCAAUUCCUGUUGCAGUUGAACACCACAAGCUUGUCUGGUAUCGUCUACGACUUGAUCUACAGCUUCCUAACAAACCUGGAUGAGGACUCGGACGACGUUGCGAUCUACCAUCCAAAUCCUUUCCUCGACACAAGCUAUGCGGCAUUGCAGACAAUCGUUGAGAGUGAAUACCUAUACCUGGUUGAUGGAGGUGAGGAUUAUCAAAACAUCCCCUUCGCCCCAUUGUUACAGCCAGAACGUGAUGUGGAUGUCAUCUUUGCCUUUGACAACUCUGCUGACACUGACGACAACUUCCCUAAUGGUACUUCACUGUCUGCCACUUACGACCGUCAGUUUGGUUCCCAAGGUAAUGGUACGUCUUUCCCAUACGUGCCUUCUAUGGACACCAUCAUCGCCUACAACCUGACAGAGAAGCCCCUGUUCCUCGGUUGUAAUGCAUCGAAUUUAACUGACCUCGGUACUAUCCCUCCACUUGUUGUGUAUAUUCCAAACAUUGCUUACACCACCUGGUCAAACACUUCCACUUUCAAGAUGUCUUACGACAACGAUGAGAGGGAUGCCAUCAUUCAAAACGGCUUUGAAGCUGCAACGAGAUACAACUUGACAAUCGAUGAGAACUGGCACAAGUGUGUCGCAUGUGCCAUCAUUCACCGUGAGCAGGAGCGUAACAACAUCACACAGUCAGAUGAGUGUGCUGAAUGUUUCCAGGAGUACUGUUGGAACGGUGAGCAGUACACGGGUGAUGAGACGGUCUUGGCCAGAUCGCUCAACUACACUUCUCCUUCAAACCAUGAAGUGAGCUCGAUAUCGGCUGCUGGUGCCGAUGGAUCGACUUCAACCGCAAGUGCGUCCUCACAGAGCACCUCGUCCUCCCAUAACGCUGCAGUAUCGUUCGGUCCUUCUUACAGUGCCGGAUUCAUUGCAGUUGCAGUUGCGCCAAUGAUUGGGCUCAUGUUCUGAUCUCCUCCCAAUUGCUUUCUCAUGAUUACUGAAGCCUCUAUAUCUUUGUUCUAUAUAUUGUCCUAUGUGAAUUGAUGGUAUAACACUAGUAUAUGAACAGCAUUUCAACGUACAAUGUGCCAUCCACGUGGCUUGCG